AUGUCGUCUGUAUGUUGUGGAAAUAAGAAGCAGAAGCUGAAUAACAGCUUUAACAAUAGUAUCGAGCGACCUAUGAACGGGUAUCACGAAUCAGUGGCUAUUCCUGAUAUGUGUUACUUCUGUUUCGAUGUUUUGUAUUGUCAGCUGCACAGUAUGGACCCCCCGUCGACGCCAAACUUCUCCAACGAUGCAUAUCCCCUGUUUGUGACGUGGAAGAUUGGAAAGGACCACCGUCUCCGUGGUUGCAUUGGCACUUUUAAUGCGAUGCACUUGCAUUCAGGUCUCCGUGAAUAUGCGAUAACAAGCGCCUUGCGGGACUCCCGCUUUUCCCCCAUCACUCGGGAAGAAGUCCCCCGAUUGACAGUCUCAGUGUCAAUCCUGCAGCACUUCGAGGAGGCUGAGCAUUACCUCGACUGGAAGCUCGGCAAACACGGUAUUCGCAUCGAGUUCAUCAGUGAAAGAGGCUCUAAGCGCACUGCUACUUAUUUACCUCAAGUCGCCUCCGAGCAAGGUUGGGACCAAAUCCAGACGAUCGACUCGCUGUUGCGCAAGGGCGGAUACAAGGCCGCCAUCACGACUGAGCUGCGGCGGAGCAUCAAGCUGACGAGGUACCAGUCCGAGGAGGUGUCGGCGUCGUACGGCGAGUACGUCAGCCAGCGUUGCUAGCAGCGACCGCCUGACGCGCGCCUCGAGCCGCGCCCCGCCGCUGGUUGCGGCCACGGGAUCCACGGAUGCCGUGCUAGCAAUUAUCUAGAUUCUAAGUGUACGUAUAGUGACGACGUGAGGCGACGUGAGCCCUUCUACAGACCCCGGAAUGCCUUCAGAAGUACAAGCGCAAGUCAGAAUUAUGCUCAAAGUGCGAGCUCGAAAUAUGUGAGGAGAUCGUGUCUUAUAACAAUCAUAUAAAGGUAAGACGCAACACUGCCAACUAUUAUACAUUCCUUAUAGGAACAUCAACGGUGCCAUCUUAAAAACAAUGAAUAUAUUUCGCUUGUAAUUAACGUUUAACUGCAAUACAUCUAAAGUCUUAAUUAAUAGUUAUAAAGUCGAAUUUUGUGUGAUUCUAUUUGAUCGUAAUGAGCGGCGAAAUUGAUGAGUAGUUUUCCUUAAGAAAGCUUUAAAAGUACACUUUGAUCAAAAUUUUGACUUUAUUUCAAGUGUCUCUAUGUCGCAGCAGUAUUGAAACAGAAUGCAAUAAAUAAUAUGUUCAGAAGUCUUAGUUGUUAUGUUGAAUAGCGGGAUUGUCCAUGCUUCCAUGUUUAAGUGGUUAUUGCCUUGUGAUGCGAAUGAGCCUCAAGUACACAGAUCUCAAAGUCUAAUGAAUCGUCAUUCAAAUGAAGUGGGAACCUCAUUGUAUGCACUGUGCUCGAAUGUCGGCAAUAAUUUUCGUAAUUACUUACAUAUUUGUUAGUAAAUUUCAAAAAUGGUAUAUUUCUGUUGUAUUGUGCGUAUU